CAAAGUUGCUGACACCGAUACUCCUGUGGGCACAAUCUGCAUCAGCAUGUACACGCAUAUACGACGUCAUCCAAAUGCCGUCACGCACUUGACCAAUCCUUGCGCUUGGAUGUCCUCCAUCUCUUUCCACGCGGUGGGGAUGUCCGGUUGCGCGAGUCGGGGUGCAUGAAUGAGGUAAAGGUCGACGUAUUCCACACCCAGCUGCCGAACGACGCGUCGGAAUGAGUUGGCCUAUACAGCUGCAGGGACCCUACGCACGUAUUCCAAGCUGUUUUUGAUAGACUCUUUGAUUCCCAGGCCGUUCAACCCGGAAUACUUUGUGGUGAUGAAAAUAUCUUUCCGGGAAAGCCCGCUGUCGCGAAUCGCGAUCCCCGCCUCCGUCUCAUUGCGGUAUGCUUGCGCGGUAUCUGCAAACAGAUACCGGGAAUGAGUCUGCGGACAGGCAUGGAAUUGGAGCAGAUAUUACCGACGUGGCUGAACCCCACUGAG